AUGGCGGACCAAUCAUUACCUCACCUAAUUCUCGACCCAACAGCUAACGAACCUCCCACCAGAGAUAACCCAACCCAUCCAUCAGCUCUCCCAGCUGCAAAAAGCGUGAAAACACACCCAACAAAGCUCAAUAGUACGGAGAAUGCCUCGAUUUAUUUCGUGGGGACCGCCACUACUAUUCUUGAGUGGGAAGGGAUACGUCUAAUGACUGAUCCCAACUUUUUACACGCUGGAGAUCAUGUUCAUCUUGGACCAGGAGUCACAGGAACACGGAAAACUAACCCAGCUCUGGACUUGCAUGAGUUGCCAAGAAUCGAUGUUGUGCUACUAAGUCACUAUCAUGCCGAUCAUUUCGACCAGGAAGUUGAAUCAUCUCUUCGCCGGUCUCUUCCAAUUAUCACGACUCCACAUGCAAAAUCACACCUCUCUGAGAAAGCAGAUGGAGAAGCUUUUACGUCAGUUUACGACCUUGAUACUUUUCAAAGCAUGUUUGUCGACAUCACACUUGGAGCAAAAGAUUCGCAAGCCAAUGUGUCGCAAAAGGGUCCAAAAAGUGCAGCGAUGAAAGUGACAGCAAUGCCGGGAAAACAUGUGCCCCCUGGUAUUCUUGGAACGCUGAAUGAUUUCCUGGGUGCUGUUCCGCCUACAAAUGGGUGGAUGCUUGAACUGGGGUAUUUGCCCUCUUCGAACGACGAUAGCUUUCAAUGCACGUAUCGUAUCUACAUUUCGGGUGACACACUUCUCGUGGAUGAGCUCAAAACUAUUCCCGAACGAUAUGCCGGUCAAAACAUCGACCUUAUGCUUAUCCAUCUAGGUGGAACUUCUAUUCCUGGACCUAAUGCACCUUUGUUGAUGGUGACGAUGGACGCGAAGCAAGGUGUCGAACUUUUGAGAUUGAUCAAUCCAGACCUAACGAUUCCUAUACAUUAUGAUGACUACGACGUAUUCCAGAGUCCGUUGUCUGAUUUCAUAAAGGAGAUAGAGCAAGCGGGGUUAAGCGAGAAGGUCGUUUAUCUUGACCGCCAGGAUCGAUACAGUUUCGAAGUCAAGGAUUAUCAAAGCAGCUUGAUGAUAAGGGCGUAG